AAAAAUUAAAAGUCUCAGUAUAGUAUUUGUUUUUUUUUCUGUUGCCGAUAGAUUAGUGAAGUCUAAUACUUACCUGGUUAGUUAUUUUCUUAAAUGUUUCUCCACUGUAAUUAUUUUCACGUUUGGCUCGUACCUUUAUUUUAUGACACCAAGUGGUCAGAAAAUGACAGUGGGUGGUCCGUACGUACCUUCUCAUCAUUGGAUUUUCUUUUUGUCGUUCAAAUAGUCGUAGACUCCUCUCUCUCGAGUAGACUUCCUGAACAAGUACAGAGGUUCUCAGUGGAGGAUCGCGACUUUACCUUGUCGUGGGGGGACUGUUAUGAGGUAAUAUAUGCACCUGUUUUGGACGGGACCUAAACCGUGACUCAGGGGAAACUACAUUACCGGAGCACCAUGACGUGAAAGAAAGCCCAGAACAGACUUUCAGACUUUUUGUUUCUUGUAUUUUUUUUAUGCCUGUUGCCCGCAGAGGACAAACAUGUAUUAUUUCAUGGAUUACAAAGGCUGGAAUUCAUGGCAUUUUUCCAUUGGAUGAACUUCCAUCCCACCUGCGCCCCAGCAAGACUGAGACAGGAAGUGAAAGUCUUAUCCAGCCACCUCACUUCCUCUCCCUCACCUCUCCCCCCUGCUUGGCAUGCCUUCAGUUCCGGCGUUACUCAGAACAACACAGUUUAGGCUGAAGAGACAGUAGCCUUUCCCUGCUCCAGUGAGGCGUUUGUGGAGUUGCUUUACCCCGUCCCUUCCUGUAAUGCUCUUGGUGUGUCAGUUAUUUAAAAGCUGGGGAGUUUAAUCCCUUAGAAGAAAAUGGAUGACUAGGCCUAGUUAUUUAAUUUUCAUCUCUCUGACCUCAUGACCUUGACCACGCCAUCUGUAGCUGCCUGGCCUGUGUUGCACUACAAAGCAAGUUCCCAGUAUCACACAGAUCAGAUAUUUUACAUAUCGUUCACUUAAUUUCAUGUGCUGCUUUAAAGUCCUCCUUUAAAACAGGACUUCAUAUGAUUUGAUAUUUUCAUGGGUUAAGUUUGAAUAUAUACAUAUUUGUAUGUAUAUAGAUAUAUGAAUUUGCCAUCCAUUAUCAGACAAUUGAUGAAGAGCAAUCUCAGUCUUCAAAAGCACUUUAGUAAUGAUUUACUUGGACUUAUAACUAUUGUUAUAACUGUAUAACUGCUGUGUUAUAAACUUUAAAACUGACUGUGUUCCAACCUGGAACAGCGUUCAAGUGAGAGGUAUUUUAAACUAAAUUUUUUUAGAUUGUGCAUUAAACAGAGGAUUGGGAACUGCCAUUCCAAAGAUAAAACACUAAAAUUGGAUGUGGGAAAGAAAAAAGAAAAUCUUGUCAUCAGGGAUUUAAAAAAUAAAAAACAUCUGCUGUUUUUCUUUUUUUUUUUUACUGUCCAUCCUGAGCGGAAGACUGUGACCCAGAUGAACCAUCCAUAGAAUACAUAUUUAUAAACAAAAGACUCAAAUAAUACUGACCAUUAACUCAACCAAGAACUUUCACCCAGGAAGUGGUUUACACCCUGACAAGCUCCAAAUUGCUCCUGAACCUUCCAUGACCAACCAGCUGUAUGACAGACCCACCUCCCUGUCUCCGAACGUUCCACAGGUAGCCCCUUGCGUUCCCAUCACCCGUGGCAGCCUUCUGCCGCUGUGAGGAUGCGCUCCCCAGAGCCGCAGAUCCCCUCGCCGUCCGAAGCCCUGCUCCACGGCCAGUUUGGGGGUUGGAGCACAGGUUCAGGCGGUGGCGGUGGGGGAGGAGGGGGCAACGGGGGCAACAACAGCUGUCCCAACAGCCCCGGGGGGGCGUCUUCUCUGCAAGCCACCAGCCCGACGGCCAGCUACGCCCUGACGCUCACACACACACACGUCCACGUGCAGCGGCUCUCACCCCGCCCGGGCAAGGAGUCGCGGCUGCUCCUGCCGCUGGUGGAGCUGGCAGGCUGCAGCUGCCCACGUGCCCCCGCGCCGCCGCUCCUGGUGCUGUACUGGUACCCGCCAGGGCGGCGCAGGAAGGGUGUGUCCAGGCGCAGGCAGGUAAGGGCGUACCUGGCCGAGAGCCGACCUGACGCAGAGAAAUGGUAUGCUGCCGUCCAGUGCCUGCUGAGAGGAGUCAUCGUCAGUGCCACAACAGAAUUCAACAAAAGUCUGUUGCCCCGCCCUCGUCGCCUCCUGCUGUUGGUCAAUCCUUUCAGUGGGAGGGGUCAGGCCAUGCAGUGGUGUCAAUCACACAUCCUGCCAAUGAUCAGAGAGGCCAACAUCAGCUACAACCUCAUACAGACAGAGCGUCAGAACCAUGCAAGAGAGCUCAUCAGGGAGAUCUCUCUAUCGGAGUGGGACGGUAUCAUCAUCUUGUCUGGGGAUGGACUCCUCCAUGAGGUGAUAAAUGGACUCAUGGAAAGGUCGGACUGGGAGACAGCCAUAAAAACUCCGGUGGGAAUUCUGCCCUGCGGUUCUGGGAAUGCCUUGGCUGGAUCUAUAAACCACUAUGCGGGGUAUGACAUGUGCCUUCGAGAGCCCCUCCUCCUCAACUGCUGCUUCUUGCUCUGCCGGGGCGGGGUGAAACCCAUGGACCUGGUGUCCGUGACAACCAGUCCGAUUCCCCCUUCCUCCUCCAAUCAGAACGGGCGGCUGGCCGCUCCCAGGCGAAUCUUCUCAUUCCUGUCGGUGGCGUGGGGCUUCGUGUCGGAUGUGGAUAUCGAGAGCGAACGGUACCGGGGCUUGGGCUCGGCCCGCUUCACGCUCGGCACGCUGGUCCGACUGGCCUCGCUACGUUCCUACAAGGGCCGCCUGUCCUACCUGCCCCCGAACGCCGUCGCCCCAGAUCUCACCCCCCCUCCCCAGAGACGCCCCCUGUCCCGCAGCGUCACUGAGGGGCUGGAGGGGUUCUGCCGCACCCCCAUCCACCGCACCAUCUCCGACAUGGGCCUCAGCGAACAGAGGAGCUUGCGCAAGGGGGACGGAGAGAGAGAGAGGGAGAGGGAGAGAGAGAGGGAGGAGAGAGACAGGGAGCGAGAGAGGAGGAGGGAGAGGGCGAGAGGAGUCGGGGUGGUCCGAGCCAGCAGCUUAGCAGAGGACCGAGAAAGGGAAAUGGAGGCGGAGGGGAGGUUGGGCACCGAUGGGAAUGAAAGGAUGGAAGGGACCGAAGAAGAGAGGGAUGAUGAUGAUGCGGAGGACAGAGAGAGUGAGAGUGACAGCAGAAGUAGCAGAGAGGAGAGCAGGAGUGAGUGCCAGAGGGAGGGAGGCGACGGGGUAGAGGGGGAGGGGGAGGAGGGUGUGAUGGAGGCGAGAGAGGUGUGCGAGGGCUAUGGCUUGGUGAUGGGCCGCGAGGCACAGGAGUGCGAGGGCAGCUGCCCCGACUCGGAGGAGCCUUGCAACCCACGCAAGGCCGUCAGGAAGAACUCUGCGCCCUCCAGCCAGAUUGCCAAAGCCUUCUUCAGCCAGCCAAUCAGCGCCAGCACCGACUCGGACGCCGAGAUGGAGCCUGCGGCCUACGGCGAGCAGGACGAGGACAUGAACGGCACGUACUUCCAGCGCGAGGCGUACCCCAUAGACAUGCGCGAGCGCUCGCUCACCAUCUCCUCGCCGUUCCGGCACAAACCCAACUUCUCCUACAAACCCAAAACGCUGGACCAAAAUCAGAACUCGACCCGGCCGCGGCCGCUGUCCCUGCUCCACCACCACUCGCACUCCAACUCCCUCCCGCCGAAAAUGCCCUCCCUGUCGCUCUCGCUCUCCCCCACGCCCCCUCCCUCGCCUAGCUGUGCGUCGCCGCACGCCUCCUCUUACCUUGCCCCGCGUCCCAACACCCCCGGCUCCGCCUCACCCUCCCCUUCGCUCCAUUCCCCCUCCCCCUCCUUCACUUUCGACCUCGGCGAGUCCACGGGGUCCCUGAAGAACCGCCCAAACGUGUGCAGCCCCUACAGCCCGCCCUACGACGACCUCCUGCCCCCGCUGGACCAGCCGCUACCCACUCGAGACUGGGUGACCAUUGAGGGGGACUUCGUGCUGGUCCUGGCCAUUUACCAGUCCCACCUGGGUGCCGACCUGCUGGCGGCGCCACACGCCCACUUCGAUGAUGGCCUCAUCCACCUGACGUUUGUGCGGGCGGGCAUCUCCCGGGCGACGCUGCUCCGCCUCUUCCUGGCCAUGGAGAGGGGGGCGCACAUGUCCCUGAGCUCGCCGUAUGUGAGCCACGUGUCGGCCAAGGCUUUCCGCCUGCAGCCGCUCUCCCCCAGGGGCACCCUCACCGUGGACGGGGAGCUGGUGCCCUACGGACCCCUGCAGGCCCAGGUCCAUCCCUCCAUGGCAAGGCUUAUAGUGGGUGACUCAGGAGUAAGGAUCACCAGAUUCUGAGCAGCGCGGGGAAGAUGGGACUGACAUGUCUGUCUCUCUUCUUUCCCACUGUCUGUGGAUUACGUAACUCUUCAGUGUUCAGAUUAAGGAAGAAGGAGAUUUGAAAAAAAAAAAUUGAAAUAGACGACCACUGGAAAACUGGCUCUUUCUGGGAUUUACUAAAAGGGAUUGCCUAAUCGGCCUGCACGCGAGCGGAUUAAUCGCAAAAUUUAGCAAAGGGAGAAAAAACUGUGAGCCGUUACAUAGCUGCUGGAUUACGCCGGGAUUACCCUCCACCAUCGCCUGACGCAUGAAAAACACAAAUCCCACGGGGAAAAUGAACUGAGAGAUAAACGAGUACAGCAACAUACAGAAUGGCUGAAUGUCUGCAUCUUCGUGUACACUCAUGCAUACAUGCACUACCAGAUCCUGCCUUAUUCAGAGAAAGGAAAUAAAAACAAAGGCGGAAAAUCUCCUGCUGUUCUAGAACCACCUCAAGGGAAGCCACACCCUCACGCAUAGCAACGCGCCCCCCACCCACCGGAGCCCCCCCCCCCCCCAAUAUCAUUCCCUGAAUUGUAUAAUGGUCAUCCGUGCAAUGC